AUGAGUACCUCGGGUCCUGGCAUAGCAGAACUAUCGACGCCGGCGUUGAGAAACCUACACGACCCCUCAGUGACCAUCGAAGAAUACCUUUACUGGGCCAAGAUCACCCGUCAAGAGCAGAAAAGCCUUCUAACUACCAAACAUCCAGUCAAGAAGCUGCUGAGCUUCGGCAAAGGAGAUGCUGCUCCCUCUACUAUCACCGGCACUGAUCCAAACGGAGACGGUCACUCGAAACAGGCGCCGGGUGCAGUCACGAACGAGAAACUUGGCGACCUCGAAACUUCCGCGAAUAACCGGUCAGCGGUGGUGACAGAUGCUGAAUGGCUACAGGCUUCAAGGGCCGCAAGAACAGCGACCUGGGGUUCUAUCUUCUAUCUCAUCACGACAGAUGUUCUUGGUCCUUACAGCGUGCCUUGGGCUCUCUCCCAGAUGGGUUACGGUCCGGGUAUCGUUCUGUAUACCAUUUUCGGAGCUUUAGCAGGCUAUACCGGCUGGCAAAUUUGGCAAAUGUUUCUUCAACUUGACUCUGAUCAGUAUCCUCUGAAGACCUUUGGAGACAUCGCAUUCAGAACCUAUGGACAGAUUGUGCGCCAUCUGAUGAAUGUUCUCCAGGCAAUUCAGCUCAUCUUCAAUGUUGGAGUCAUCAUUAUCAUGAAUGGUCAAGGCUUGUAUCAGAUCAACAACAACAUUUGCUACAUUGUGUGUUGUGUAAUCUGGACAUUGUGUGGCUUCCUCCUGGGACAAGUUCGUACCCUGCAGCGGUAUGGCUGGAUCGCCAAUUUCGCCGUCUGGCUCAAUGUGGUUGUCAUGAUUCUCACUAUGGUUGUUGUCACUCAUACGCAUCCUAACUAUGAAGCCGCAUCGAACUCGAAUGGCGUCGAUGUCGGCCCGCCUGCACCCCCGGUCAUGACUACUGCAGGUCCUCCUUCUACCGUCAAAUUCAGUGGACAGAUCGUCGGCUUGAUGCAAGCAGUCUAUUCUUAUGGCGGUGCUAUGCUCUACUGCGAGUUCAUGAGCGAGAUGCGAAAGCCAUUCGACUUCUGGAAGGCUCUGGUCGUUGCAGAGACGUUCAUCUACGUGGUCUACCUGUUCUUUGGUAUCUAUGUAUACUCUUACCAGGGCCAAUACUCGAUCAACCCAGCUCAACAGGGCAUGUUCCCUCAAGCAGCGUUGACCGCUGGCAACAUCAUUGCUUUCAUCACCGCAUUGAUCGCGGCAGCGCUGUACGGAAACAUCGGCAUCAAAGUCAUGUAUCAGAAUAUCUUCCAGGAACUUCUUGGUCUGCCUGAGCUCACGACAAGAGCUGGUAAGCUGCUUUGGGUCGGUAUUGUUCCAGUGUACUGGGGCAUCGCAUUCAUUCUGGCCGCCGCUAUUCCUCAAUUCAGCGCACUCUCUGGUCUCGUGGCAGCCCUUUGCAUUCUCCAAUUCACAUACACCUUCCCACCCCUGCUCAUGCUAGGAGUACAGAUUCAGUACGAUGCCAUCCGCCCCGACCAAGGUGAAGGCUUCAAUCCUGCCACUGGUCAGACUGUACGACAUGAUCACGGUAUGAAAAGAUGGGUCCGUGGUUUCUUCGCUCGCAGGUGGUAUGUCAAGGCUUGGAAUGCCGUCUUCUUCCUCGGUGCGGUGGUGACUUGCGUUCUGGGCACUUAUUCGAGCGUCAAGUCAAUGGUUGAUGCCUAUGCUUCGGGUUCCUCGACGGCGUUCAGUUGUGCUGGUCCAGUGUAG